AUGCAGUUCUUGAUUGCCUUGUUCGCCUUCCUGCCGCUGGCAGUUCUCGGCUUUCCCCUCCAUCCGUCCAGCAGCAACGAGACUCUUUGGGCCAGCGCCAGCGCUUCCGACACCGGCUUGAUGCGUCCAUCGUAUCUCACGGUCACCAUGAAUGGACUGCCGACAACCCUCUCUACUCUGACCACUUCCAGCUCCCUGAACUUGGGCCACACCCAGCCGUCCAGAGACCAUGAAUCGCCAGCCAUUACCAUCGUCAUCGACCAGAUCCGAGAUGCCGCUCCUGUCAAAACUGUCACCGAGUCUGGCCAAUCUGAUCUAUUCACUUUUGUGUCUUUCUCUUCCACUUCUUCUGUCGACGCUCCUUCCACGACCGAGGCCACUCUUUCCAGCUUCACCACGCCCACAGCAUCUGCUACCUUCCCCAAGGCAAACGGCUUACAGUGCAGCGACCGCAAUUGCUUCAUGUACUGUGAAUGCUCCAAUGAGGGCAUUGUCUCGUGUGCCGCUCCCCCGCUGGAGAAUAGACAGUGCGAAACAAACUGCGAGUGUGUGCCAGCACCCGUGCCGAGCGUGACUGGCGAUGUACAGCCGCAUGAGCGCGUGGUCUGGUCGACUACUACCUCGUGCAACACAAACCUGCAGAUUUGCGUGGCCAAGGCAACAGCAUCAAUCACAGACUCGAUGACACUCCCAUUCACCACUCCCGGCUCAUGCAAUGGCGACCUGGAGGUUUGCAUGGCCAAGAAGACAAACUCAGUUACAGGGUCCAUGACACUUCCAUUCACCACUCCGGCUUCAACCUCCGAUACCGACUCAAUGAUGCUUUCAUUCACCACUCCCAGCAUAAGCGGAGCCACAGACACCGUGACUCUCCCUACUACCACGCCUAGAGGAAAUGCCGCUCCAACGAUGCUGCUUGCAGAGUCCUCCACUACGCGUGAUCUACCUUGGGAGUCGACUAUUCCCCAGAGCCCUCCUCAUCUCAAUGAGACUUCUGGAGAGGUUCCUUCUGAAUUUGUCGCACUUUAA